AUGGAUUGUUGUCGGCAGCACUGCGUGCAGCUCGCCGGUCCUUUGCGUGAUUCGUUGGCAAAUGCGACGCCGACGAAGCAGCCAAAUGACGAUGCUGCACACUUGCUCAUCAGCAUGUGCCCUUCCCUCUAUCGCGCAGUCUACAGUGGGAGGACGGCGGAGGUCAUGGAGCUGCUUCUCCAUCAAAAGGGCGCCGCGAGAGAUGGAAAAGCUGCUGCUGGUGAGAGAUUUAGUUUUUAG